UCACGGGGGUGGCCCAGGACCACAUGAGGGCUCACUACCAGACAGGCUCCAACCACAUGAUGCUCAACGUCAACCUCUGGUCCACGCUGUUCCUGGGGGCAGGGAUCCUGUUCACGGGGGAGCUCUGGGAGUUCCUGAGUUUCACGGAGCGUUAUCCCAGCAUCAUCUCCAACAUCCUCCUCUUCGGCCUCACCAGCGCCCUGGGCCAGAGUUUCAUCUUCAUGACCGUGGUGUACUUCGGGCCCCUGACCUGCUCCAUCAUCACCACCACCCGCAAGUUCUUCACCAUCCUGGCCUCCGUGGUGCUCUUUGCCAACCCCAUCAGCCCCAUGCAGUGGGUGGGCACCGUCCUGGUGUUCCUGGGCCUUGGACUCGAUGCCAAAUUUGGGAAGGGGGUGAAGAAGACGUCGCACUGAGAUUGAGCGAGAGAUCCCCGCACUUGGAAUGAACUUUUAAUUUAUUGUCUUGUACCUCAGAAUCUGGUGUGGAACUGGACUCAGGACAGGGAAUCAGAAGGAAACCAUGUGGAAUUUAUUUUUGGGUUUGGUUUGGUUUUUUAAUUCUGAAUUGUCUCUAAAAUGUAAUCCUUUAGUUUGAGGUGUAAUUCAGCUUUUUUUGUGUAAUCAGAGCUGCCCCUGGAGCCGAGCAGCAGCAGCAGAUCCUUGCCUUAACAGGAAAACACAAAUCCUUCCUAUCUUUAUUAAAGAAAACAGGACAAUUCCCGCUUCUCCAGGA